UUAGAUAUAUAUGAGAAUUAAGGAAGCAAGUCCAUUUUUGAGAAGAGUGAGAAACAUGGAGGUGCUGAGGGUUCAAACCAUUGCUUCAAAAGAGAACGAUGGUGCAAUACCAGCCAUAUUUGUUAGGGCAGAAACAGAGCAACCGGGCAUGACAACGGUGAAAGGGGUGAACCUUGAGGUGCCGAUUAUUGAUUUUAGCAACCCAAAUGAAGAGAAAGUGUUGCAUGAGAUUGUGGAAGCAAGUAGAGAGUGGGGAAUGUUCCAAAUUGUGAACCAUGAGAUUCCUAGCGAUGUUAUAAGAAAGUUGCAGAGUGUGGGGAAAGAGUUCUUUGAAUUGCCUCAAGAAGAAAAAGAGUUAAUUGCUAAGCCUGCUGGCUCUGAUUCUUUGGAAGGUUAUGGCACCAAGCUUCAAAAGGAGAUCAAUGGCAAAAAAGGGUGGGUUGAUCAUUUGUUCCAUAUUGUGUGGCCACCUUCCUCCAUCAAUUAUCAUUUCUGGCCAAAGAAUCCUUCUUCUUACAGGGAAGUGAACGAAGAAUACUGCAAGUACCUACGUGGGGUGGUGGACAAAUUGUUCAAAAGUAUGUCAAAAGGGUUGGGGCUGGAAGAAGAUGAGCUAAAGGAAGUAGCAAAUGAAGAAGAAAUGCUUUACCUUUUGAAGAUCAACUAUUACCCACCUUGUCCUCUUCCUGAUCUUGUAUUGGGUGUGCCACCACACACAGACAUGUCCUACCUCACCAUUCUCGUACCCAACGAGGUGCAGGGCCUCCAAGCUUCUAGGGAUGGUCGAUGGUACGAUGUUAAGUAUGUUCCCAAUGCCCUCGUCAUUCACGUUGGUGACCAAAUGGAGAUUCUUAGCAAUGGAAAAUAUAAGGCAGUUUUCCACAGAACUACAGUGAACAAAGACAAGACAAGAAUGUCAUGGCCAGUGUUCAUAGAACCCAAAGCAGAACGUGAGGUUGGUCCUCACCCAAAGUUGCUUAACCAAGAUAAUCCUCCAAAAUACAAGACUAAGAAAUACAAGGAUUAUGCUUACUGUAAGCUCAAUAAGAUCCCACAGUGAUUGAAUUCAGCAUUACCAAAUAAAAGUCAAUAAUGGUUUCCUUGUUGGUUUUUGUAAUUUAUGAGAUUAAACUGUAGCUUCUGCCACGCAGAAUAAUUAAUAUAUUAGCUAAUGAUGGAUUUGUAUGUUUCUUAAGGAAAUAAAGAUGACAGCAAGUAGUUUGUCUUGA